AUGGGCAGUUUUCUACAAAUACGAGAAUUAGCUAAUAUCGAGUUAGAAGUAAAACUAGUAACAGUUUGUUCAAGUAAAGUGGUUUCUAUGGGACGAGAUUGGCUCUUUACUGAAGAGCAGUUGAGUGAUACUCCUUCAAGACGAGAUGGGAUUGAUCGAAACGAAGAGGACAAAUUGCGCCGAGACGGUGUUAAACUCAUAGUGGAAAUUGGAACCGGAUUGAAACUGCAACCGCAUCCAACCUUGGCUACUGCGGCAGUUUAUUUACAUCGGUUUUACAUGUUUCAUUCUUUUAAAGAAUUCCCGAAGCAUUUGACCGCCUUAGGGUGUUUAUUCUUAGCUGGAAAAGUGGAAGAAACUCCAAAAAAGUGCAAAGACUUAGUUACCGUAGCUAAAGAAAAGUGUCCUGAACUUUACUCUUCAAAGAAUGCUGUAGAAGAAGUAAUGGGUAUCGAAAGGGUGUUGUUACAGACAAUUAAGUUCGAUUUGCAUGUGGAUCAUCCGUAUACGUAUUUGUUGCAAUAUCAAAAAGUAUUUAAAUUGGACAGAGAUAAGAAGCAGUCGGUUCUACAAAAUGCCUGGACUUUUGUUAAUGACUCAAUAUCUACUACUCUUUGUUUAAUGUGGGAGCCAGAAGUAGUGGCGAUUUCUUUAAUUUACAUGGCUCUCAAAAUGACAAAGUUGGACAAUUGUGAUUGGAUUGACCGGCGUCCAGGAGAGCAGUGGUGGGACCAGUUUGUGGCAAAUUUAACAUCUGAUAUGAUGGAAGAGGUUUGUCACAAAGUUCUUGACUACUACACAGCUACUAGAAGAGAAAGGUGA